UCCUGCUGCACAGGAAACUAUAAAGACUUCUCCAAACUCUUGACAUCACUUACUGUAGCCUCAGUUUCAGAGCAGAAGAUCCUGCAGACAGUUUCAAGACCAGAGAAAAGAGCAUCAUCUCCAGGGUGUCCGAGAGGAGCAGGGCGUCAUGGAGCGCGGACCCGCCAAUAUGACUGUGUUCCCCACGCCUGGAUAUGCAGGAUUUGGUUCUGACAAUUCAAUGCAGAAUAGUAGUUCAUCUGGAAGCCUUAAUUUUUAUGACCGGAUGCGGAUCCUCUCUCUGCUCAUUGCCCCGCUUGGGCUGGUUGGGAACGGCGCCGUCCUGUGGCUCCUGGGCUUCCGCAUCCGGAGGAACCCCUUCUCGGUCUACAUCCUCAACCUGGCGGCGGCCGACGCCCUCUUCCUUUGUAGCUCCUUUCUUAGAUCCACACUUGCACUUUCUAGCGUUUUCGAUUUAACGUGGGAAAUACUGUCAGACUUCAAAUUCAUUUUCUACACUACCGGCAUGAGCCUCCUGGCGGCGAUCAGCACCGAGCGCUGUCUCUCCGUGCUCUUCCCCGUCUGGUACCGAUGUCGCCGCCCCAAGCACACGUCGGCCGCGGUCUGCGCCGGGAUCUGGGCUCUGGCCGGGGUGUUCGGGCUACCGUCUCUUGUAUUUACGUAUUGUUUUUAUCGUAGCUUUUUCAACUUCACCAUCCAGGGUGCGUGGUUCCUCCUCCUCACCUGCAUCCUGUGUGUGUCCAGCCUGACUCUGCUGCUGAGGGUCCAGUGCAGCUCCCGGCGCCGGCGGCCCCCCAGGCUCUACCUCCUGGUGCUGCUCACGGUCCUGGUGUUCCUGCUCUGCGGCCUGCCCCGGGGGGUCGUGGUUGUCCUAUAUUUCCACUUCCACAAACUUUUCAUACCUUAUUGGCUCUGUGACCUCCUGGCCUGUGUGAACAGCAGCGUGAACCCCCUCAUUUACUUCUUCGUGGGCAGACUAGGGAACAGGAGGAGGGAGCCUCUCAGGGUGGUGCUCCAGAGGGCCCUUGGGCAUGAGCAGGAGUUAGGAGGUGGGACAACAAGCACUCCCCACACCAGCAGCCAGGAGACUACACUCGGAGCCUAAGAAGAAGAUGUUCAGACACAGCAGCCUGUGAAAUGAGCCCCCUGCCCCAGACCCAAUAGCAGCUCCCCCCUCCCUGGGAGGAAAAUCAGGAUUUCCCUUCCAUUAUUUAUGUGGAUACCUAAGAUGUGAACUUUAGGCAAUGAACAUUUAUUAGGUGCCUGUUGUAUACCAGGCAGCUGGAUAAACAAAAAGAACAGAACUCCAAGGCUGGAAUGGGAAGACGUGAGGUCACAUCUAGUCUAAGAAUGUAGCUGUAUAACCCUGCACAAGUCACUCAACUCUGCCUCAAUUUCCUUAUCUGUAAAAAGAAAUGCAAAGCUCUCAAGUAUCUUUGUCCAGAUAAGCCCAGAUAGGGUCAUAUGACUGAACAAGAAGACUAUACCAGGCUGUACUAAGCUGUUCAAAACAUCUCAUUUAGGGGCUGAACAUCUAAUUAAAAUAUCACAAAGUAAAGUACUGAUUUUUAAAAUAACUCUUUUUAAAUUAGUUUAUAUGUUAAAAUUAGAAAGGAUUGUAAAUUACAUGAGAUUCCUUUCCAUUUUUGUGAUAGGCUAUGCUAUGUCUUAUUUGGCUGUCACUUGUGAAAAUUGUGACAUUGCUAAUUAAAUUAAAUUAUUAAAAAUGCUUAUUGUAAUAACAUUGAAA